AUCUCCACUCUUCACCUCAGUCAGUGUCCGGUCUCGUUCGCUAGAAGGACAGAGCUACGCCUCCUACCUUCAGUUAACCACGGACUCUACUACGACGCUACUCCUUGUUCUCAGUCAUCCAGCGCUACGAACCUCCAACUCGACUCCAGUCUCCUAUGGGUAACAGUUCUCACCCGGCUCCGGAGUGUCUUCUGUCUCCAGUGUGUGUGGCUCCCGUUCCCGUCGCCUCGUGUGCAGCUAUCCAGCUCCUGCACUUCACUCCCAUUGAGGGUCUGCAGUUUGUCAGAGACCAGCUGUGCUUCUCUGGCCUCAGCUCUGAAGUCCAACCCCUCCCAUCUGAGAGAGCUGGACCUGAGUCUCAACAAGCUGCAGGAUUCAGGAGUGAAGCUGCUGUGUGGUUUUCUGGAGAGUCCACACUGCAGACUGGAGACUCUGAGAUUGAGUUGGUGCAAUUUGUCAGAGAUCAGCUGUGCUUCUCUGGCCUUAGCUCUGAUGUCCAGCCAUUCCCAUCAGAGAAAGCUGGAGCUGAGUCUCAACAAGCUGCAGGAUUCAGGAGUGAAGCUGCUGUCUGCUGGACUGGAGAGUCCACACUGCAGACUGGAGACUCUGAGCUGGAAGCCGCGAUCUCUGUCAAAGUGAGGAAUCACAACAAGUGGAGAUGAGUGUCAGUGCUGCAGUCUGAACUGCUCUGAGAUCAGCUCCACUGUCAGACACAAAGGCAAGUCCACCAUCGUCCCUGUGUGUUCCUCUGGAUGUGGCAGAGUAUCGUCAGUAGAUCUGGACUCUCUGCUGCUGCUCUGUCCUUCUACACCGUCUCUGCAGACACACUGAGACUCCUCCACUCCUUCUGCUCCACACUCAGCCACCUCCUCCACCUGCACCUGGACUUUAUUUUGGCUUUUUUAUUAUUAUUCAUUCAGAUAUUCUGAACCCAAAGUGCCUCUGCAGCUUUGUUCUGUUUAUGACAACAUAAAUGCAGAUUAACACGUAUUUUAAUGGAUUUUUCUGUUUUGCUCUCUGUUGCAUCUCCACCAUGUGGAAACAUGGUGAAUUGUAGUUAAUUCCCACUUUAUAUUUCUAAUUAAUUUUGGAAGUUGAUGUGAGAAAGCAGCAUCCAGCCUGCAUGCAUAAAGUUACCGCUCUGAAGUUCUGUUUUUCACCACCAAUGCCAGACUUUUCUCACAGUUUAACAGAUGAUUGUUUGUAACACACUUUGUAAAAUAGUCUCUUUUUCUAGUAUAUCCCAACAGAUUGUGUUAUUGCAGAAAACUGAACUAAAGAACUGAAGUCUGGUGAUAAUUAUCUGAGCGUUUGUCACUAUGAACGACCUCUUUCACUUUCACGUCGUCAGAUGAUCCAAAGUUAAUGUAAAAAUAUUGAUUAGAGAAGCUUUCAGUUAAUGAAAAUCUCUUGAUUUUGGUGAAAAGACUCUUAAGCUUUGGUCACACACUGAACACCAGAACAUUUUAAUAACUUGUUAUAUAUUUUUUUGUCACAUCACACCUGUUUCAGGCUCUUUACAUCGGCUCCCUGUUUGUUUUAGGAUUGAUUUUAAGAUCUUAUUGAUUACUUUUAAGGCUCUUCAUGGCUCCAGGCUAUAUUUUAGACCUUGUAAUCCCUUAUGAACCUUCACGUAGUUUGAGAUCUUCGGGCAGGGGUCUCCUGUCUCAUCCUUAGUCCAGGAUGGAAACUAAGGGGGACAGAGCCAAUUUGCCUGAAGACAUUAGGUUGUCUGAGUCAGUUUCUCUUGUUGUGAAGCACUUUGUACUUUAUUUAUAGAGCACUUAUCAAAACAAAGUUUUAUUAUUAUUAUUAUUAUGUCUGUUUGUAAUCUGACAAGAAAACUCUUAAGCUUUGGUCACACACUGAACACCAGAACAUUUUAAUAACUUGUUAUAUAUUUUUUCGUCUUUUGAAUUAAUCAGCAAAACACAACAUAAAAUGACUAUAAAUAACUAUAAACUGUAGUGUCAUUAUUUCUGAUUAAGAUGAUGUACAUGUAUAUAUUUGUUCGGUUUACUCAUAUCGUGACAAUUUUGUAUUAUUGCAGAAAAAGCACAAAUCCUGAUAUUCAAAUCCCAUCUUACUUCUCAUGUGAUGUAAAUCUCCACAGUCCAGCUUCUAUAAAGAUAAAUGUCCUGCA